ACAAUCCAUGAACCAAUAAGUGACACGCCUCGAUUGCACUUCAUUUUAUUGGCCACUAGAUGUCCCACUCCAGCACUGUGUCAUUGAAGCCUCGAGUAAUGAACCAUUUUUGAAUAUUGUGUCGAAGCUUCAAUAAGGCGAUACGAUACCAUUAGUUUAUGGUACUUUUUCCAUGGAUACCGAUACUUUUUGCACCUUAAAGGAAAUUUACUUCCAUUAAUAACAUUCUAGAAACAAAACUGUCAGUAUUUUCUGAUAUAUACAGUACAAGCAUAUGAACCUUUACAUUUUUCAACUAAAUGACAGAGUGGUGAACAUGGCUUCAUCCAAGAUUCACAUAGCUCAGUUGCAGUUUGGGGUAGUUAAAUAAAAUAAUGGUUCGUUCAAUUUUUAAAUCACUUAUAACACAUCAACUGUUACCUGUAGCUGGAUAUUCUUUGCCUUUCAUGAAACUCUCCUGCAAUGUCUUCUGACGGACAUCAGGUGGUGCAGGGGACUUUGAGGCUUGCUGCUUGUCUUCAUGGAGAUGUUCAGCCUCUUUAACUAUUCAGGCUGGGUGCACUAAGGUUGAGGUUACUUCAGACUUGCAAAACCGGCCAGGCUACUUCGCUACUUUCGUUUCCUGAAAAUAGGGCAUUUGCUUCAGGUAGAUCAAACAGCCAAUGGGAGCCAUUGGCGCCAUGUUCUUCGUUUUCCCGCAAAUUUCUACUUCCUUCUCUGUGAACAUGUUUUGACAUAAACUGUGUCCGACCUGCGAACUGUAGAUGUGUUGAGUUAGUGUCUGCGGUUUUAAACAACAGGCUCUAUUUCAGUGGUCUAUUACUCAGUCUGCUGCCAAUAGUGGGCUACUUCGGGUAUCUUGGAAUGGGACAAGCAACAUCUUCUUCACCUGACCUGCUCACAACUCGUCUCCAAACAGCACAGGAAAUGGAAUUCCGGAUAUUGCUGUUAAAAGUAAAGAAGGCCCUGUGUAAGGAUGAGGUCAAGGCUUUAGCAUUUCUUUGUACCGACCUCCUGGGCCGAAAUCCCACCUCAGUGGAAUCAGCCAGUGCCCUUUUCUCUCGUCUGGUGGACCAAGACCAUCUCUCACCUGAGCGACCACAUCUGCUGACUGAGCUUCUCCUCACCAUCCAACGCAACCGACUGGUCCAUGACCUCAGUCUCAGUGAAUAUACAACCAUGAACCUCAUCUCUAAAUACAGGAAGCUACUCUACAACCUGUCUGAGGAGAUCACUGGUGAAGACUUGAAAGACAUGAAGUUCUUGUUAAAUCCGACACUCCCACGAAGAAGACUGAAGGACAACACUACUACACUGGAAGUCUUCCUGGAGAUGGAGCGCACGGGCCACCUCAGUGAAACUAAUCUAAAUGAACUGGAGGCCAUAAUCCAAUCAGUCUGUCCUGUGCUAAAAGAAAAGAUCGCCCAGUUCAAAGCACUGCCAGUCACUUGCCGGUGCAUUCAGUUCAUCACACCCAGAGAUUCUGCUUCUGUUCUCUGGAGAGGAUCUGGAUCUAAUUCAUACCAGGACAGUAGGCAUUGGUCCACAUGUGAGGGUUCAAAGACAGGUAACGACUCACCGAGACCUGACCCUAACGACUCAGUCGGUAGAGGACAUUGUUGGCCGUCGAAAGACUGAAACACCACCGAGGGGGAUAAAUACCUCCUGCUCAGCACCGGCCGGACAGAGCUGAUGAAAGUUCUUUGAUGAUAGGUGAAACAUUGUCUACCUAAAACUACAUCCAGAUAAUUUCUUCUACAUUUUUUCAGCAUACUACAACCUGGAUGACUAAGAGAUAUCAUCCUAUCUCUGCAGUGUCAUGUGUCAUUUCAUUCUUUCUGCAAAAGCCAUUUGCUGCAACAUCUGCUUUUUCUGUGUUUUUAUCAGUCUCCUCAGUCUUUAGAUGAUGAGAGGACUGCCUCAUGCAAAAUCCCAGGCAAAGUGACAUUUAUUUACUUGUAGAGAACACUCUGAACACCUGCUUAUCUUUCCAUAACUGCUUCAUGUUGUGUAUGCAGGCUGAGGAAAUGUUGCAGUCUUAAUGUAAAUAUACCAGUGUGCUUUUCUUUUAUGACAGCGAUCACUGUGUAAAUGUGGCUGUGAAUUUCUCACUCAAAUAAGCAUUUUAUGUGUAAAAGCCCAAAUCUGAAUCCACCACUUAACCCUUCUUUUGAUUAUGAUGUGUUUUCCCCAGAGUUAGUACAUAGAUAAUUAUGAGAUGGUUAGGUAAUAGACGUUAGCACAAGUGGCAUCCUGUUAUGUCUACUCGGACACGGAGGAGAGUGAGUAAAGAGAGACGGACCCAGGUAGCUGACUUUGGUGCAAGCAGUGCUAAAUUUAUUUACAGUGCAGUGAGAAAAGAGUCCAUAUGAUACAGGUAAGUGUAGAAUGAUGGGAGUAACCGGGUGUCGAUCAGCAGCAGAGAAACCAGUUUGUGGUGAGGUGAAUGGGAGAUGGCUGGACUGUGGACGCUGGGGUCACUCCUGGGCUGGUUGACGGAGAGACGGUGGUGGCUAUGGAGAAAGAAGGCAGGAGUUUGUACAGAUGAGUUAAGGAGACUGCAUCAACCUGAAAUGGUGGAGCAUAGAAGGGCAGAGUAGGUCCAGGGUCCGGAGGAGACGUCCGUGGAGGAGGAAAACAGCAGAAGGAGAAUAUGGCAACAGAGAGAGGAAGAUCGUACUGGUAGGAGCUAGGAGAACUAAGGGUGAGAGACAAAUGGUAAAAAUACAAGAAAACAGCGAUCGAACGGGCCUGAGAACGAGAAUAAACUGGCAAGGGAGUGAUAGGUGAGCGGGGUAUAAGUAGGGAUGGAACCAAUGAAGUG